AUGGUCAAGUUGGGGUCGGUUGGUGGACAUUGGACACUGGGCACUCAGAGCCAGGAUCUGGGCGAGAUCAUCGGUCCAGCAACGUUUGGGCAACCUCUCUAUUGCUUCUUUCAACGGCGAUCUGUCUUCCUUGACCGCACCCCCCUUCAUCCUCUCCACCACCUCACUGACCGAGUACUCGGCCUACUGGGCCGAACACCCCUCCGUCUUUGUCGCCCCGCCAAAGAGGCCGAUCCGGAGAAGCGCGCCCUCCUCGUCCUCAAGUGGUUCCUCACCACCCUCCACCAGCAGUAUUGCAGUCGAAGCGAGAAGCUGGGCAGUGAGAAGAAGCCGUUGAACCCGUUCCUGGGUGAACUCUUCAUUGGCAAGUGGCUUGCAAGCCCCGACUCGGAUGUGGGUGAAACCACUUUGAUCAGUGAGCAAGUGAGUCACCACCCGCCUGUCACGGCCUAUGCGAUUCAAAACCAGAAGCACGGCGUCGAGCUGCAAGGAUACAAUGCUCAGAAAGCGUCCUUUUCAAGUACCAUCCAAGUGAAGCAGAUUGGACACGCCCAAUACACCAUCACUCCACCCGGCUCCAGCGAGAAGGAGAAGUAUCUCAUCACCCUCCCAAGCCUCCACAUCGAGUCCCUCAUCUACGGAACUCCAUUCGUGGAGUUGGAGAAGUCGACCAAGAUCGCCAGCAGCACUGGCUACAUCGCCAAGAUCGACUACUCGGGCAAGGGCUGGUUGAGCGGCAAAAAGAACACCUUUACUGCCAGCCUGUACAAGGCCAGCGAGGGAGAGAAGAAGCCUCUCUACGUUGUGGAGGGACAGUGGUCUGAUGCCUUCACGAUCAAGAACGCUCGCACUAAAGAAGUGGUCGAUCGCUGGGUGGUCAAGGAGAAUGAGACAACUCCCCUGACCCUGGCGCCUCUCGAACAGCAAGAUUUGUGGGAGAGUCGUCGCGCCUGGGCCGAUGUCGCCGAAAACAUCAAAAAGGGCGACAUGGAUGCCGUCUCCGGGUACAAAUCUCGUAUCGAAAACGCCCAACGUGAGUUGCGCCGUGCGGAAAAGGCCGAGGGUCGCGAGUGGGAACGUCGGUUCUUCAACCGCAUCGACGAAAAGGACGAUGAUCCCCUGUUCCAGCAAGUGGCGAACUCUGUUGAUCUCGCUGGCCAGCUCGAGGCAGACAAGACCGGUGGCGUUUGGCGCUUUGACCCAAACCGCGCCGCGGCUGCCCAGCCACCCUAUCACAAGGUUGGAAGCGAAGGCUUGGGACUGUCUCAGUGA